CAGCGACGUCGAAAACCAAACGUUGUCUAUAAUAUGCUUGACAACCGCUUGUCAGUCGAGCUCAGUUAGCCAGAAGCCAUUGCCGUGGACGGAAGAGGAAUCGAAUGAGGGAGUGAUAACCUUCGCUAAGGGGAAAGAAAACGCAGCUUUUCGAGCACUUUGGGAGAAGGAUCUUCCGCAGAUUUUCAGAUUUGUGUGUGUGUUCUUCCUGUUGAGCGUCGAUGAUUUGUUUUUGUUAGUUUUAACUUUUCUAUACUUUCUGGAUUGUGUGCGAUUUGAAAAGGAUUAUCUAGGGUUUCGAGAGCAAACAAGUUUGCCUUUGUGUGUCCGAUUGUUGGAAGGGCAAAAGCUAUUGAUGCGGCAAACAAGUGCACCCCGAUUGAGUGUGUGUGAACGAAAGUGAAAAUUUGUUGGGCGGCAGACAAAUGAAGGAAGCAAUAAGUGUGGAAAACUGAUUGGGAGUAACAGAAAAAUAAAAAAAAAGAAAAUCGCCGAUAGAGACAAACAAGCCUUUUGCUGCUACUGCUUGUAUCCAGCUGUUUUGUGUUGGUGCCGUUUUUACCCGCCCGGACUAGUCACAGAGCCGGAGAGCUGCUGCCACAGUAACUGGUUGUAGGAUUGACGCCGGUUUUUAUUUCCAUUUAGUUAUACUUUGAUACAAAGCGCAUUGGACCAUACGCGAGAGAGACUGCACCGCGACCAAUCGAAGCGGCGUGGAAUAGUUGGAGCAAAAAAAAAACAAAAAAAUUAUAAAUAAGCAAGAUAAUAACGAACAUUGAGUUGGCUGUUUGUGCUUGCUGCUACUACAGCCGAUUGUGAGUAGAACAACAUUUACACCGGCUUGGAGAGAUCAGUGAAAAGCGAGACUGUCGGGACAAGUGCAUUAUCGGACGCGGAGUCGGUUAUUUUCACUCAGCUGCUGUUGCUGCUAUUGCUGCUGCUGCUGUUCUUGUUGCCCCGAACGAGAUUGUUAUUGCAACUUGACGAAAACAAUUCUCUCCCUGCGCUGCCGUUGGUUCCGCCCCCCCCCCCUUCGCCGCCUUCUCGUGUAUGUGUGGAUGUUUUGUGAAGCCUGAGUGAUUUAAGUGUCUGUUGAACAGGAGAAAAACAACAAAAUCAUCCCGUGGUGGUGUACUAUAUAUGUGAGCGAAAGGUGCAUGAACGCUGGCGAGUGUAUUCGAAAAAGUGUAGGAAAGAAAAGAAGCAACUUAAGUCAGUGAUAAGGUGCGCUUCGAUCGACCAUAUGGUGAAGUCUAUGAUCGUCGAUCGUCAACUGGUGGAUAAAAAGCGAUACAUUUUCUUCUGAUUGGUGGGGUCCUGUGAGCUGUACGCGUUCUCUUGCGAUCAACUUCCGGAAAGAGGCUCACCAAUGUAUUCGAUGGUGGAUUGCUACAACGACAUGGGCCAGCUUGGGCAUGAUUACGGGUCGAAGAACUUCAUAAUGGACAACACCGAACUGGACCAUGUCACAAAGGUGAUUGCGUAUCACCCUCGCUACUUGCAGCACUAUCUCAACACACAGAACUUUGUGAUGCACUGCGAUGGACCACUGCCGUUCGAGUAUCGGUAUUAUAUAGCGAUCAUGGCUGCCGCUAGACACAAAUGUACCUAUCUGGUAAACUUGUACGAGAAGGAAUUCCUGCUGCAGGGCGGCGACCGGAACUGGCUCAAAGGCCUGGACCACAUUCCCCCCAAACUGCGCAACCUGAGCGAUAUCAACAAAAUCUUAGCCCACCGUCCCUGGCUCCUGAACAAGGAACAUAUAGAGCGAUUGACUAAGAGUCAAAGCAGCUGGUCGCUGGCGGAAGUAGUCCACGCAAUAGUGCUGCUGGCCCACUUCCACUCGCUGUCGUCGUUCGUGUUUUCCUGCGGGCUAACGCAGGAGCUUGAAGCAUCUAGUCAAAAGAUCGAAAACAACGUUGUUGUCCCACAAAAGACUGAACCCGAGCAUCCGUGCAACGUCCAGGAUGGUAAGCAGACCGAGGUAACCGUGGACGCACUGAUGCAACGGAUGAAGAAGCUCUCGGAGAAAAACACCGAGUGUACCGAGACGGAACUGAGCAAUCGUUUCAAGAAUGUUGAGCUGCAAGCGGCCGAACUGCCGUCGGUGGUACCGCGGGAGAGUGUCGUUGAAGUACCCCAGCAGGUCAGUCGUUUCGUCGAUGAUCCGAACUUUACAUACCAGGAUUUCGCGCGACGUGGUGCGGAGAAUAUCCCGCAGACCUUCCGGAUACAGGACUACUCGUGGGAUGACCAUGCCUACUCGCUAGUCAACAGACUUUACAACGAUGUUGGUUUUUACCUGGACGAGAAGUUCCGCGUGGCGUUCAAUCUGACCUACUAUACGAUCGCGGGCCGGACCAAUGUCGACACGUCAAAGUUCCGUCGGGCUAUCUGGAACUACAUCCAGUGUAUCUAUGGAAUCCGGUACGAUGAUUACGACUACGGGGAGGUGAACCAGCUGCUUGAUCGUUCGCUGAAGAUGUUCAUCAAGACGGCUUGCUGUUUCCCGGAGCGAAUCACCAAAGCGGACUACGACAGUGUGCUUGUGGAGCUGCAGCAUAGCGAAAAGGUUCAUGUGAAUCUAAUGAUUCUGGAGGCCCGUAAUCAGGCGGAAUUGUUGUACGCCCUGCGUGAGAUUAUGCGUUACAUGACAUGAUUCGAACCCCGUUUGCAACGGAAGUUGGUGAGGAUGAUUUAGCUUGCAAAAGCAGUGGUUUUUAUUAUGUAACAAUAUUAUUGAUGAUUAUUUUAAAAAGCAAAGCCUUCAGGUAACAAAAUGAAACAGAGAAUUUAUACACAUUUAUACAAACAUAUAUUUUUUGAGGAAGAAGAUUAAUCGGAAAGCUAAAAUAUAGUAACUAAAGAAAGGAACAGAAUAUUCAUCCGGUGAUAUAAGUGUUAAGCAGGAAGGAGCGUGUAACUAACAAUACAAGUGAAACGGUACAGAUUGGAAGGAUUAAAUUGUCGAGGUCAACAAACUGGUCGAAGUCACAUUUUGAACGAUAGAUAUACAAUAAGGGCAUUGAUCUUUUUUUAUUAUAACAAAUCUGUGUAAUAGGAGCUGUUUGUUUUAUGCGUUAGCUAGUGAUAAAAAAAGCAAAACCAACCAAUGAUGGAAAUACAAAUCGCACAAAUUAAUUCCGCUAAUAAUCAGCUUCUUGUCGUAUAAUAACUGUAACAUCUUUUUGAUGGAGUUACAUUUUGUGAGCUGAUCUCAGAGCAGACUUGAACUCAGAAUUGGUUCCGCGUGCCAAUUGGAGAACAAAAAUUAGGAUUAUUUCGUUAUAUCGGUAAAUCGAACCCUGUCGAACUAUGGAAAGGUAAAAUUACAAAGAAAAAAAAGCUUGCGUUUCUCAAUUCACACAAACCCAAACAAAUCUUCGGACCAACAAGAACGCAAGCUUUGGUAACUCACGUGUUCAAAAAUCUAGUUUCAAGCUCGACAUGCAUUGUAAGUAGAAGAAUACGUCUUUCCCUGCUUUCCUCAAUUGGCAUUAAAGUCGAGCGCGGCCCGUUUUAAGUCAGGCGAUUGUCUACUCUCAUUGCACAAUAGUUAUACCUAGAAUAAUAUACAAUAUACAAACAAACAAAUAAACAACAUGUGUAAUCCAUUUGUGAUGGAAAUUGUGCCAAAAAAUAUCUCAUUUAAAAUUGCGGAAGUAAGACAACAAAAGCUAACAUCAAAUGGGUAGAUUUACCUCGGGAUGGCUUGGAAAAGCGGUCCCACAGCAAUACACACAGCAGAUAAAAGAUUACAAACCGCAAAGAAAAUCAAACCAGUUGCGACGAUAAGUGGACAAUGCUGUUUAUUAUUUGCCACACACACACACACACACACGAUGCAGAAGAAUGAGAACCGAAUUGUUGAUUUCCAUUGUUUAUUUUCUGUUGACUUUUAAGAGAUUAAAUGGUUCCGCUUGGUUUGCGUAUUCCGCGAAGGAUGGACCACUAAUUUUAUGUUUUGUUAAUGAAUUCGUUGAAUUUUUUUGCAAGAGAAAGGAGACGAAGGCAAAAUAUCAUAUGCAUAGCUUCUGUUCGAUUUGGCAAUAUUGGAUUGCCAAAUCUGGCACAGGCAAUGUUUUAUAGGUGUUUUAAGAGAAGAAAUCUGUAUAAAUUGCUAGAAGUCCGUAGUAAAAAUAAACGCAGAAAUAUAAUAA